UUGGCCUUUCAUGCAAUAGAUGCAAUCAGCUGUUUGCUCAUCCAUUGCAGGAGGGGUGAAAGUCUAGCAUUUACCUUCUUGUCUGUCAGAACAGUCUUUGUGAAAACUAGGAUUAUUAUUUUUUUCAAUUGUAUGUUUGCUCCUGUGUGAGAGAAACUGUGUAUGUGUAGAAGAACAUGAUUGUAUCCUUUCUAGUUCUGUUACUGGGAUUACUUUUCCAUAACGGGAAAGCCAAAGUCGAGUCACAAGGCUGUCACAGCCCUGAUGUUGAGAGAACGGCAGAAGAGGUCCUGCAGCAGAUCAACCAGGACAGGACUGAUGGAUACAUCCUAACUCUCAACAGACUCUACGAUCUCUCCAGCACAUCAAAUCAGGAGAAGAGUGGUUCAGUUUACAAUUUGACUAUCGAUGUGCUGGAGACCAAGUGCCACUGCAUCAGCAAAAAACCAUGGAAACAAUGUGAAGUCAGAGGUCUUGGAGAUAUACCUGUGUAUGGAGAGUGUCAGGCAUCUGUUCAAGUUGAUGCUCAGGUCAAACUUGAGAGCUACUCUUGUGCCCUGCGAGAAGUUGCAGCUACUGCUGUUGUGCACGUGUGUCCGGAUUGCCCUACGGCUGACAACUUGAAUGAACCAGUAAUCAAGGAGACAGCCAAGCUCGCUUUGCAGAAGUUUAAUAAGGAAAGUCAUUUUGCCAACUACUUCACUCUAUUGAAUAUUACAAAAGCCAGCUUACAGUGGGUUGUUGGACCGUCUUACUUUGUAGAGUUCACUGUUCUGGAAACGGAGUGUUCAAAAGAAACUGAUUUCAGUGAGCUGACCCACUGCCAACUAAUGAACUGUCAGUUUGCUCACAGGGGGUUCUGUACUGGUUCACACAAGACUCACGAGGAGGCGUUUAAAAACAUGAACCCUGUUGGAAAAGACGCCAGUUCCUUUCAGAAAGCAGAAUCUGUUGAGGUGAAAUGUGAGAUCUAUGAACCACAGGCUGCCACUGUUGAGGAGCAGGCCCAUGGUAAAGCAGUUAGUGGGCACCCAGAGCAACAUCACCACAACCACACACACCUGCACCACCAUGAGCAUGUGCACUCUGUCACGCAAGGCUCAGACGCCACUGUCUCCAACCCAAAAGGCCUUCUUGGCAGAAUUGUGUUCGAGCCUGCCACUCCCAGAUCAGCCCCAACUGCUAGCUCCUGUCCUGGUGCUAGAAGACACAAUCUUGGUUUACGCAGCCCCCUGCUCUGAUUAUCUGGAUUCAUCUUUGUUUAAUCUCCCAUGCUACACGUUUUAUAUUUUUGAUGGAAUUACUUGAAACUGGUAUAUAGAACUGUUACUAAAAAGUAGGAUGGCAUUAACCUGAGUUGUUAGUCAUUAUUGUAACAUGAUGCAUCUCACUAAUUCUUUGAUUAAACAAUGUUUUACAUUGAA